AUGGCAGAGCGGAGCAUGGAAUCGAUCCGCCUCUCGAACUCAAGAGACCACCAGCGAGGGAACCCUCUCAUCGGAUCGGUCGGGCGGUCGCUCGUCUUUCGUCAUGACGCAGAGAGCAGCAACACUACGGCGGAACUCAACAGCGAGGGAAGCCCUCCAUUAACGGGGACUCGUCCAUUGGCCAACAAGAUCAAUUCAUGCAUUCGGAAGUCGAUAAUCUUUGUCAAACCUCCGUCUUCCCCCCGCUUCCCAUGGCCCCUCCGAUCUGCUACCAGAAAGGAGAGCUGA